AUGAAGGUUCUCCUCACCGGCGCAACGGGCUCCGUCGGCGGCGCCGCCCUCCGGGCCUGCCUCGCCCACCCGGCCAUCACGUCCAUCGUCGCCGUCCAGCGACGGGCCCUGCCAGCCGACCUCGCGUCGAACCCCAAAAUCACAACCGUCAUCCUGCGCGAUUUCGCGUCCUGGCCCGAUGAGGUGCUGCAGGCGCACAAGGACGCCGCGGCCAUGAUCUGGGCAAUGGGCACGUACGACGCCAGCAAUGUGACGGUGAACCACGACUACCCCGUCGCCUUCCAGGAGGCCUUUGCCGAGGUGCUGCGGGAGGAGAGGCCCGCGGGGCCCAGGUUCAGGUUCAUCCUGCUGAGCGGCAAGUUUGUCCGCCAGGACCAGGAGCAGCAUUUGUACUUCCUGGAGGAGGCGCGCAAGAUCAAGGGCAGGACGGAGACCAGUUCGUUGAACGUGGAGCGGAAGUACCCAGAGCAAUGGCAGGCGCUGGUCCUUCGACCCGGCGGCAUCAUCACGCACGGCAUGGUGGGAGGCGGCGUGAUGGGUGCCUUGUUGAGCGUCCAUUGGGUUGUAAAGAUCGACGAGCUGGCGGCGUACAUGGCUGAGGUCGCUGCGUCUGGCGAAGGCGAGGAGACGAUGAUUGAGAAUGCACACAUCGUCGCCCGCGGGAAGGAAUUACUGGAGACAUCUGCCGCCUCGACGAAGCCUCAGGGGACGGACCAUGCCGGCACCAGUUGGAUGAAGGGAUCGAUGACCAUUCAAUGA